GGCCGAUCACUAACAAAAGCGCAUUUGAGGAAGGCGGACGGACGGGCGCCAUUCGCGAAACAAACAAAACAUAACAAUUAUUAUUUCGACCAAUCAUCAAUCAAUAAUUAUUAAUCGUACCUUAUUUCAAAUAUUCACGUGUUUUGUGAAUUGUGUUGGUGUUGUGUUGUGGAAGAAGAUACGCCGAGGCUACUUUCACUGGAUUGAAAGUUGAUAUUAUCAUUCGGGGACCUUCUUGAUUUGAUACGGAAUGCAAUCGGUAGUAAGAAUGCCAGUUAUGUGAUCAACAGACGCUAUUCGAGGGGCAAAAUGUCUCCAGUAUGCCACAACUUCGUGCAGAAUGCGUGGAAAAAAGAUUUUUGCUCCAACUGUUUCAAAUCUCGUGAAGAACAUGUAAAACAAGACAAAACUAGCGAAAGCACCAAAUAUACAUCGACUCCAUUCCAAAAUAGAAACACAUUCUUUAAGAAAACUCCGCCGAGUAUCCUUAAAGCUCAAACUAAAAAUAAAAACAAACGAAAUGUACGUUUCCCUGAGGAAGUUUGUAGCGUUAUUGGAUUUGGAGGUGAUGACUGGUCGGAUGGAGAAGAAUUCGAAGUAUCUGAAGACAACGGUGAUGAAGACACCUUUCCAGAUACAGAAGAAGAACGAGAACUUCAUAGAAUAACGAAAUCUAAUACGGACUUUAAUACUGUUAAAGCUAACCUUUUAGGAGAUUCUGUUGCUAAGUCAUAUACUUCAUUAUUAUUAGGCAAAGUACAAACAGACUCAGACGGAAAAAAGAAAACUUUAAUGGUGUCUGUUACCCCGUUUGGUCAUGAUAACAAAGGACCCGCAUCUAAAACCCACAUUCGUAAAAAUGCUGUUAUCAAUGUUACCGAACCCCCCACCGAAGAAAUGAGUAAUUAUAAGACAAAUAUUAUCCUUUCAAGUUAUAUUAAAGAAUCUGAAACAAUCGUUACAACAGAAGGUGUUAAGUCUUCAGAUACAAUAUUAUGCACAGAAAAAUCUCUGUUAGAGGAGAUUUCAGAAACUUUGCAGCAAAACAGAAUGGGUGGAACUGAUUUAAAAUUAUCCCAAAACAAACCAACUGUUGUUGAAGAAAAAAUCAAAGAAAGUAUGCAAGACGAGUGUGAAAAGAAAGAGUUCAGUGAGACGAAAAAGAAUGGAAUUGUUAGAAAAUCUCCUCUACCAAAAACUCAAGAUCGACCAAAAGUUAACCUCAGUAAGUCAGAGUUUAAAUUUUGUAAAAUUAACAUCGACAGCAGCAGUGUAGAUUCAGCCGUAAGUACAUUAAAUUCAACGGCGAAUAAUUCAUUCACUUCUGAUGACGAGAGUUUCAGCGCAAGGACUGAUUCCGACAACGAUGAUAGCGGACACUUUUCUGAGCCACACAAGUGUGAUGAAACCAUUAAAAUUAAAGUGUUCAAUGAUACUGACAACAACAUAAAAAUGUCUCCAAUCAGGCAGUUGAGAAAAGUUGAUGGGCAAGUGAAUAGUGGUUAUUCAACAUUUCAAAGCCCAAUAAUAGACAUGCCUUCGAUCAUUCCCAAACCUGAAAUAAUUUUCUCCGCGGAAGCAAGCCGAGAACUAGCUGGCGAACCUGAUGGGAGAGCUGAUCCUGACGAAACCAGUGAAGCUCCAGCUUUGCCUAAAAGUCCUGUCCCCACCAUGGACCCUCGUCCGUCCUUUUUACACGGCAUUAUAAAUGAUAUUAUGCCAUCAAAACCAAUAGUACCUGAAAAACCUAAGCUUCCCGCCAAACCGGUUAUCAAGCAAACAACUAAAAAAGACAUUACCAUAUCACAUCAAAACAUGACGCAAUCGAGCCAAAACGACGAAGAGAAAGCCUUUAGAUAUAUGAGCAAGGAAAAAACUAAUGAAGUAUGUGAAGAAAAGUCGGAUUCCAUUUAUUACGCAAAACCAGUAUUAACUAAACAGGACAGCGACACCUCACUAAACAGCUUGUGCAAACGGAAAGCGCCAACCCCACCCUUAUCUCCAACUGAGGAGUUUUCUAACAAUAUUUACCAAAGAAACCCAAACGGGUUUAUGAAGUCUGACUCACCUGUCGUCCGCGAGAUGGAGAAACGUGAGCGAGCGGUUAUGUCAUCACCGCCAAAACAAAAACACGCAAAUGAUACAGACUCAAAUAAAUCGGACAUCGUACCCGAACCGGCUCCUCGACGAAACAUAUCUCUGUCCCACGACAACUUGCUUUUAGACGACAAGAGGAAAGGAAAGCUUAAAUUUUCAUUGAAGAAACUACUUCGUAUUGGAUCUUCGAAAGAUUUAGAUAAAAAGGAGAUGAGUAUUGCCACAGUAACUAAAGUAAUUAGCAGGACCGAAGAAAUAUAUGAUUUGACACCAAAACCCAAGCCGCGGUUGGUUAUUAUACAUCCUUUGGAUAUUAACGGAUCGAGUGUUGAAGUGGUGAAAUCGAAUUGUGAAGUAGCAAUGAAUACGCGUCGCAUGAGUCACGAUGACAUGUCGCUAUACAGUGGGAGUAGUUCCGUGACAGAUGACUUGCCCAAGGUCGUGAACAAGCCGCCUCCACCUCCAAGGUUAUCGAGUGAGGACUACAAGAACUCCUCGAACCUGCCAAAGCCGGCGCGACCACCGCCUCCUAAAUCGGUUGCUCUACAAAAGAAGCAAAAACAGCAGACUUGGGCUGCCACGCCUUCAAAUAGUGACAACAUUUAUGCUAAUUUGGGGGAAAUAAGAUCGGCACUUGCACCAAGGAAGCCAGAACGCACAGCAAGCAUGCGUGAGCGAGAAUCACAGCUGGAACUACUGAAAAGACGAACUCAGAUAGAUGAUGAUGACAACGAGGUUGACGAUGGUCCUCAAGAACUAGUUCAAGCAACCAAUGAGCCAGUUAUCAAUAACUACGACGAAAUAUACAACACCGUCAAAUACGAAGAAGAACAUAGUGACUCGGCAAAAAACAGCGACAGUGACUACGAAUAUGUGCACAACGCUCGCUCCAGUUCACCAGAAUGUGACGCAAAACCAAAAGAAACUGAACAAAAAGAAUCUGCAGAAUACCCUAAGUAUACAAACGGUUUUAGAUCAUCGCUGCCUUACUGCGGCAGCGAAACAGAAUCUGAAAUCUAUUCCCCGUACAGCUUUUACAGCUCGAACGAUAAUAUGGAUAGCCCGAAUGACGAUUACCAAGCAGAAAUGACGCCUAAAACUAGCAAGCUAAGGGUCAGAAAAGGUCGAAGCGUGGUACACAAGAACUUAGAGGAUAAUUAUGGAGCUGUUGUGAUUGCUAACCACGAAGCGUUGGCUCAGGUUUUAGAACAGGUACAACAAAGUGCAUCUAUGCAGCCAUCGCUCCGUGGACUGAAAGCUUGCACCAAUCUCCGCUGGAAUGACUUCUCGAUCCAACAAGCUAAAUACUCCACAAAGGCUGGCAAGCGCUUCUUCUACCCUGCUGUUUGGAACUCCAGCCAGGGUCCAGUCAAUGUAACCCUCAUGCUUUACAAAGAGCACAUGGGCUCUCAGAUGGUCUGUCAGUCUGUACAGCCGCAAACGUUAAGUUUGAAUGCGAUCACGGAAUUCUGUGACUUGGUGCCACUGCAACAGUUUGGUGAAGAUGGAGAGGAUUUAGUUCAAGCAACAAUCGUAGUCUUGGCCAACGCACAAGCUGACACCAUACAAACAUACAGCGAGAGGCUUCACGCGACUGAAGGCUCAACAAAAGAUCACCAACUGGUCCAAACCGAGCAGCUACAUGAAGCCAUCUUCAUGAUGCUUCAGAUCAUUAUUGGACUGAGAAGUUUCCAGGCUCGAGGAGUCGAGGAAAUACCGGACAGUUUGACGGCGUUUGUGAUUCUGCGGGAGACUCAGGGCAGCUCAUCGGGUCAAGAGGAUCGGUUGAACUCACUGUCGGCGCCGAAGACAAACUGUUACGGACGACUCUGUAUGUUGCAAGGGCUAAGCGACGAUAUGAACUGCUGCGAAGAGCAACUCGCGUCUCUCUGCAAAUGUGCCGUCAAAGCUUCAGAGAUCCUUCUCCCCGGAGAGAAGCUCACCCCACUUCUCAAAGAGCUGCUCCAAGAAGAGCGUGCGAUCUCCUUGAACCAGGCUAAAUCUGUCCUAGAGUUCAUGCUCUGGGGUCCUCUGGAUGUUGUACAAGGAGUCCCGGUUGGCGAGAGGGAACUGUCGCUUCAAAGAUGGCUGGAUCUUGAGAGAGCUACUGUGUUGCAUGGCUUAGUUCGUACUCGGAUACAGUUGAAUGUGUUUGAGCAGUUACACUUAAUGUUCUUAGUGCGGUCUAAUGCCAAAGCGAUGUGUGACGCGUCUGUCUUGUUGGAGAGAGCUAACGUCUAUUGAAUUGAACUAUAUCAAAUAUACUGUGGCGAAAAUACCCAAAACGGAUUAAGAAAAUUAAAUCAAAUUACAUACAAGCUUUAUAUAUUACAUACAAGCUAUAUUCAAUAGAAAUCUUUGUCAAUUCUGAUCAUUUAAACAGAUUUAAACAUUACAUUGACUAGUCAACAUACUCAAUAAAAUUAAUACGAAUUACUUUUUAUAUUUUCAAAUCUAUUGAUUUAAUUUUUAUUCUCCGUUCUAGUUUUGGUCAAUACCCGUAAAUACGUAAGCAUAGAUAAGUUUUAGGCACAGUAAGACAUAGAUUUACGACUGUCCCAAAUACUGGCAAAAAUUUGAAAUUUGUAUUUCGAAGUAUGUAUAAAUACUAAAAGUAACAUAUUUAUAACGGAUACAUUAUUAUUAUACCUUUCUGUAUCGUGAUAAAUCAAAAUAUUAUAUUGUUUAGUAAAUUAUUUAAUCGUUGCUUUGUUGGCAAAAUUAUAAGCAUUAUAAUUUGAACGUAGUUCCUGAAAAACGUUCCAAGCCACAAGGAAUUCGCGUUUAAAGUUUAAUAAAUUUAGUCAGUGUAUCCCAUACAUGUGGGUUGGGCUACUAAAUCAUGAUGUCAUUUAAAGAGUGACAGUAGGGCUGCCAUUUUUUGUCAGUCCCGUUAAUAUGAAUCAUGUGAAUAGUUUUGUGUUCUUAACUCAAUUUCGACAUGAUUGUGGUUUGCAAAGUUUUUCUGGAAUUACGUCCAAUUAUAUCAUUUAGGAUGGACUUUAAAUAUUUAAGUUUUAUAUGUAUAUUUAAAAAUCAUAACUAACAAUUAUCUUGCCAAUGAUAUUGGGAUCAAAGUGCCAACAAGUCAUACUCGAAUAAUACGGUGCCUUGUAUUAUACACUAAAUGUAAAUUCAUAUUUAUGUUACUUAUAAAUAAACUAUAACUUUACAAUUUAAACGUUCAUCUCUUUCAAAGAUCGAAUAAACGUAUUACAAGUUA